UGCAGCAGCCUCAAGCCAGCGCCGUACAUCGCGCCCGCGGUGUCGCAGUUCAAUGCGAAGGGCUUCCCCGAACACGCGAAGAGCGCUGCAAAGAAGGUGUUCAUCGGGGGCAGCUGGACGAUGAGCAAGCUCUGCGAGAGCAACAUCGUGCCGACUGACACCUGCCUAGGCUGCGGGAACGCGGUGGUAACACCGCACCGCAGGCUGUGCAAGUGCGAGGCGUUGAGGCAGCAGAGGCUCGAGGCGCGGGCGGACUGGCAGCGCGUGGCAGAGCAGCAGGAGGGCAGGGGCGAUGGUGUACUCGCGGGCGACAUCGUGCGUGACGGGUCAAAGCUGGGCUACGCGGAGUGGGCGCAGACAGGCUGGGCGGCAAUGUCGAUCAACGAAGACGGGGGGCCGACGGUGCAGGUGUGGGGGCCGCAGCCGUGCACCCUACCUGUCCAGCGGAAGGUGAAGCGCGCGGAGACGCGGGCCUUCCUGAAGGUGCUGGAGAACGCGCUGCCGCCCUUCAGGAUUUACACGGGCCAUAAGGGCAUCAUCGGCGGCCUGAAGAAAGGCGAGAGGUGGUGUGCUAGCUGGAAGAGGCCGCAUGCAGACCUGCGGCGCAGAAUUUGGCACAAGGUGAAGGACGCGGACUUAGGCGUGAGCUCGGUGUGCCGCGUCAAGGCGCACAGGGCCAAGGCCAAGAUAGCGCAGCUGCAGGGAGACGAGCUCAAGAUCGCGAAGGGCAAUGGCGAGGUAUACCUGCUGGCGAAAGCAGGGGCUGAGCUAGACGCGAACUUCGGCAAGCAGCAGGCGCUGGAGGAGCAGGGCACGAAGGUGCGCUGGGCGGUGCAAAACAUCGGGUGGUGGUACCAGAAGAUGAAUGGCGAAUGGUCCGACGUCCCCAAGCGUGAACCAGGUGAGCCGAAGAGGAGGGUAGUCAAGCAGAAGCUAGCGUUGACAAACCACGAUGUCAUCAACAAAGGCAAGUGGCUCGUGUGUGUCAAGUGCGGGAAAAUG